CAUGGGGUGGAUUCAGGUUUAGUGCAUCAGAUUCAAGUUACACCUCAGAGAAUAUCAGGCACUCCUUGCAAUGACAACCUCAUAUUAUGGAAUGCGGUAAUAUUCGGACCAAGUAAACAUUCAAUUCAACGAGUCCUAUCCCAACAAACCCGCCACCGUUGUCAAAUAUGCUCCAUCCGAAUGUCCACGCGAAUGGAGAGCUUUGCUUCAGAAUCGCUGGUCACCUACCUACGAUGUCGCUGCGAUACUAACGAGCAUCCAAAUGUCAUCCUGGCACAACACCAUUUGAGAGCGAUUGAUUACAUGUUCAAACAGUCAGCUCUCCUUCAGCUCCCUCUUAGGGCUCAUGUAAAUAUAUGUGACAAGUUUGGUAGCAAUGCGAUGUGCUCAGUCAGAGUCGACCUCUCCCAAGCCCGCGUCAAGCCGAGUCAGACAGAUGCUAAGUUAAGAGUUGAUUAUGGUGCCAAGGCUAGGAUGUUGGAUCACCAGAACCCCAUAGAUGGUCCGAAGCAACGCCCCGAAAUGACGAUGGAGGAAGCAGACGGAGGGGAUGAGACAUUUCUUGCUUCGAUUUUUUUUUUUUCUGGGUUCUCACAUGAACCAUUGCACCACACUCUGGGGGUUCAGUUUAGGUUUACUUGAAUUCUACCUCAACAUCUUUCAAAAGAGUUUCUCCCGCUUCAGCAAUUUAUUUGCUCCGCAACACGUAACUG